ACUACCGACCAUUCAUUACGCGGGCUUCGCAUUGCCUCCAUCAACCGCCGCGAUGCAGACACGACACUAACUAAAAAACAAAUACGAUAUAUAGCUUUUCAUCCAUUUUUCUCCAUCCCGACACACAAUUUUUCAUCUCUGACAGCUGUCAGUUUUGCGCGCCAUUUCCACGAACUUUAUUUUUCUAAAACUUUUUUGUCUGUGUUGGUUUUUUUUUGUGAAUGCUGCCGGGUUAAUAAAGCCUUCCGGUGGAUAUUAAAAGAUACAGUAUGUCACAAAACUGCAAAUCUACGUACACAGCGGCGACUACGCGCGACGCCAACAACAACACCCUAUACCACGGGGCUGGCGCGGGCUACGGCGGCCGAGGGUACGCGCCGCCCAACAAGAAUUCUAACAACAACUAUCAGCAAGUGACGGCGAAAGUGCUGUUCGGCAGCGUGACGGCGAUCAAUGACCUCAAGCGCCAGGAGAAGGCCGAGCGGGAAGUGCGGCGGACACACUAACAUCUAUCGCCAUCUAGCGAACAG